AUGAAGCAAUCCAAUGAAGUUUCAAUUAUUGAAAGUAUUUUAUAGGCAGAUAAGCUUUUCUUUGUAUAUGGGAAAACAAUCCCAAAAGAGACGGCUGACACUUGUACAUUUCGGUUAGCGAACACUUUGACCUAUCAUCCUUAUAAUCAUGAUUUUGGUCCUCUCAGCCUCGGACAAACCUACAGAUUUUGCAGUGCUCUUGAUAAAGAAAUCCACGACCCUGCUAAGGAAGGCAAAAAAAUCUAUAUUUAUGUAUCUUCAGCUCCCAAUAAGCUUGCAAACGGCGCUUAUCUGGUAGGUGCAUUUCAAAUUAUCAUCUUGAAUAGAACUUCAUCUGAAGCUUAUGAGCAUCUAAGGACCCUUGAGCUGAAGCCAUUUAGGGAUGCAAGUGAUGAUGAGUGCACAUAUGAAUGCACCCUUCUUCACUGUUUAAAAGGAAUUGAGUUCGCCAUAAAGAAAAAAUGAUUCGAUUAUUCUACUUUCAAUUUAGAUGAAUAUGAGUUUUAUGAAAAAGUCCAGUAUGGAGACUUAAACUGGAUCAUCCAUAACCAAUUUUUAGCCUCCGAAUCGCCUGCAAAAACACAAUUUGAUACCAAAGGAAACAAAACACUUAUGUCUGAAGAUUAUGCAGAAAUUUUUUGCAAGCUUGGCAUAAAAAAUGUAAUAAAACUGAAUAAAAGAAAAUAUGAUAACACAAAAUUUUUAGAAAAAGGCAUCAAGCAUUAUGAUCUUUAUUUUAAAGAUGGGAGUGUGCCUAAUGCAGAGAUUGUCAAUAGAUUUAUUGAUAUAGCUUUAAGGCCAGGAGCAGUAGCUGUUCAUUGCAAAGCAGGGCUUGGGAGAACUGGGACACUUAUUGGGUGCUAUGCAAUUAAAAUAUUUAAGGCAAUGCCUGAAGAUUUUAUUGCGUGGUGCAGAAUAUGCAGACCAGGGAGUAUAUUAGGACCUCAGCAAUAUUUUUUAUUAGAGUAUGCUUAUAGUAUAAGACGGUCUGUCCAGUCAAUAAGACAUUUGACAUAUACAAAAGGGGAUAUGUAUAAGGCAGAAGCUGGAGAUGCGGGCCAGGCUAACAGGCUAUUAACAGCAAAAAGAAAGCACCAAAGUAUGCCAAAAAGCUUAAGAAAGCCAAUAGAUUCAGAUGAAGAAGGGAGUGGGACAGAAAAAGAAACAAGUAAACUAGAAAUAAUUGAGGAAAGAAAAGAAAAUCAUAAGGAAAAUCCUUUACAAGAAUCCAAUGAACUUGAUAAAAUCCUUGAUGAAUUAAAAGAAAUUCCUAAAGGAAUCCCUGAAGCCAAAGAAAACGGUAAAGAAAAUAUAAAAACUGAUCUUUCCAAAACUAUGAAAUUCAGCAGAUUGAUAAACUGCAUUUAAUUAAAUUCUAAAAUAUAUACCAGUAUAUCCUAAAUAUAAAAUAUAAUAGAAAUCAAUCUAAUUUUAUACCUUUUAAAAUAAUAGAAGCAUUCCUACUGAUUACUGUUAUCUUAUUUUCAUAUAGUAAACAGAGUAGUUAGAAAUAUUUCUAUCAUCGUAAAAAGGUUUAGCAUAAAUGAAGACGAAGAAAAAUUCACAACACCAAUAAGAAAAAACUCAUAUAGAAGCACUGAAGAUUUCACUCCAAUCAAAACUUCUCAUUCUAAUGAAACAUUUGAUUUUUAUCAAGCAGACAUAAGGAUCUCACAAGAUGAAGAUCAAUCACCGAAAAGACCUAAAACACCUUGUAGAUUUAUCCCUUCAGAUAUUUCUACUUCAUGCACAAUUAAUAGCUCAAUUAAACAAGCAAAGCUUUCGAAUCUAUAUGCAUUUGCGUCGAAGCGGAAGAACUCCGCAGAAAUUUGCAAAAUACUUUAUGGAAAGUAA